UGUCGAGCUCAGGUGUAUUUGGUGAAGUCAGAAUGUCCGUGUUAGAAGAUGACAAGUUACAAAGCGAGACUCACCGUAGACUGGCAAAGUUCAAUGCCAUUAGAGGUACAGAAGUGCGGCCUGGGGAGUUUUGGGAUGCAGUUGUCAUUACGGCAGCAGACAAACAACAAGAGUUGGCUUAUCAGCAGCAGAUAGCAGAUAAACUCACAAGAAAAGAACUUCCUCUUGGAGUCCGUUAUCAUGUUUUUUCUGAUCCACCGGGACCCAAAAUAGGAAAUGGAGGAUCAACUCUUUACGCACUCAAGUGUUUGGAGCAGAUCUAUCCAAAUGAAUUGGAAAAUUUUACUAUUAUUUUAAUCCAUGCCGGUGGUUACAGUCAACGUUUGCCAAAUGCAAGUGCUUUGGGGAAAAUUUUUACAGCUUUACCUCUUGGAGAUCCUAUUUACCAAAUGUUAGAGCUCAAGUUAGCCAUAUAUAUUGAUUUUCCAACAAACAUGAAUCCCGGAGUCUUGAUCACCUGUGCAGAUGACAUAGAACUUUAUAGCAGUGGAGAUUCUGAAGUCAAAUUUGAUAGAUCAGGUAUUACUGCUUUGGCUCAUCCAUCAACAUUAGCUAUAGGGACAACACAUGGUGUGUUUGUUCUAGAGCAAUCUGAUUCGUUGGAAGACCAAGAAACUGAAUAUAGACCAUGCAAGGCUUAUCUUCAUAAACCUACUGUUCAGAAGAUGCUUGAAGCAGGAGCUGUCCAGAGAAAAAAACCCUGUAAGCUCGGCGAUAAUGAGCUUUACACUGAAAUAGUGUACACAGACAGUUUAUUUUAUAUGGAUCAUACUACUGUAAAUUUAUUGCUUAGGUUUUUUAAUGAACUGGGAAGCCUUUGUUGUGAAAUAGAUGCUUAUGGAGAUUUCCUGCAAGCACUUGGCCCCAAUGCAACUAUAGAAUACACCGAAAAUAUUGCUAACGUUACAAAAACAGAUUCCCAACUGAUUGAUGUAAGAAAGAAGAUAUAUUAUCUUCUACAUGGAACCAGUUUUAAUGUAAUAGCAUUAAAUAACUCAAAGUUUUACCACAUAGGGACCACGCAUGAGUACUUAUACCAUUUUACUUCAGAUACCAAGCUUCAGGCAGAGCUGGGAUUGCAGCGUAACGUUUUUAGUAUCUUCUCUGAUCGAGAUCGGAAUACUAAUGCGAAAGCAUGUGUCAUUCAUAGUGUAUUAGAUUCAAAGACGACUAUUUUACCUCAUUCUGUAAUUGAGUAUUCCAGCCUAGGCCCUGAUGUUUCUGUGGGAGAAUAUUGUAUCAUUAGCAGCUCACGCAUAAAUAUUCAGUCACACAUACCAGCCAAAACGUUUGUGAGUUCAUUAAGUCUGAUGAUUGACAGACAGCUGAUGUAUGCGACGAUCAUAUUUGGUAUAGAUGACGAGUUAAAAAAGAAUGUGACAUCGUUGUCAGAGCUACACUUACUUCAGAUAUUUGGUAAGAGCUUUCUGGAUUGCUUGAAUCUCUGGGGCCUUAAUGUUUCACAGGCGCUUUUCUCUGGGGACCAAAAAUCUCUGAGUUUGUGGAAAGCUCGAAUAUUUCCAGGGUGUUCCACUUUACAGGAGUCUGUUAAACUAGCUUCAGAAAUGCUUAAUGCACAGCUCAGCAAUUCAUUCCUGAAGUUUGGACACCUGAAAAUGUUGUCAAUUGAGGAGAUGCUGUCAUACAAAGAUGUGAAAGAAAUGCUCAGAUUCAGGCAACAUCUAUAUGAAGAAAUAAUGACUCAAAGAUAAAUUGAAAUGUAAACUUCCUGGAAUCUGCUUAUUUGAUGUAUUUUUUAAAGUAAUCAGGGGCACCGUAUUGCUUCCAUAUAACUAUAUCAAUUGAGAGCAUCUUCUACUAAUAUUGUAAACCCAGCUAAAUAACCUCUCAAGAGUUUUUUUUUUUAAAUAAUUAGUUCUUUUUGCCAUCUUAAUCAGUGACUAGAACAAAGGUAAAACCUAUACUCUCAACAUUCAAAAUUAUAUUAUAACUUCCAUAGGAUGUGAGGACAAACAAUAUAUACUUAGUAUAAUUUGUUAGAGCAUGUAAUUUUAUUACUAGCAAUGCUGCAACCCCAUUUGUGGGGUUAAACACAUAGUUAAAGUACUACUCUGAAUUGCAUCAAUGUCCGUUUCCGCUCAAGACCAACAGUACUCAUCAGGGGUUAAAGACAGAGUUCUUAGUUGAAAGCUAAACCUAGGUAGGCUUAUAUGUUUAAUUUCUAAGCCCUUGAAGGCCGCCGCUUAUCUCAAUGCAUUUGACAGUUUUUCACAGCUAGAGGGCGUUAGUUCAUGCGUACCAUUUUAGAUAACACUGUGCUCACACCCGUGGAGUUACUUAUAAGAGGGCACUGAUUGGCUAGAAUUCAAGUCUGUCUAAAUAACUGAAAUAAGAGGGCAGUCUGCAGAGGCUUAGGUAAUCACAGAAGUUACAAGUAUAUUAAUAUAACUGUUGGCUAUGCAAAACUGGGGAAUGGGUUAUAAAGGGAUUAUCUUUCUUUUUAAACAAUACAAAUUCUGGUGUAGACUGCCCCUUUAACAAUAAAUGUAUUCUUUUAAACCAAGUCAAAAGAGACGUUUAUGAUUCUGAUAGAGCAGUCGUUUUAAGACAUUUUCCAAUUUACUUCCAUUAUCAAAUUUUGCACAGUCUUUAUAUUUACAAUUUCUGGGGGACAAGAUCCUACUGAGCAUGUGCACAAGCUCACAUGGUAUACAUAUACUAGUCUGUGAUUGGCUGAUGGCUGUCGUAUGAUACAGGGGGCCGGGAAAAAAAGAGAAAAAUAAAUUUGUCUGAAAAAAAUCUACUGUUUAUUUGAAAUCCAGAGUGUUAUUGAAUUGUUUUUUAUUAUUGUGCACUUGUUAAUUAUGUAAUUCUACAGCAUUGAGUGUUCCUUUAAAUCGCACAUAAAAUGUGUCAUUAAAGGGACAGUAAACAUAAAAAUAAAAACUGUUUAAAGCA